AUGGAGAAGAAGCGGAAGCUCCCCGCGAGGACUUCGGCCCGCGUUGAAAAUGCCAACAAACGCCGGAACAUGACACCGCGAGCGGAGCGUUCUGCGACUCCUGUUCCUCCUCCUCCUCCUCCCGAGCCUGUCAAGGAGCCGUCUCCAUCGCCUCCGCCGCCUCCGCCGCCGCUACCAACCUCGAUCCAGCCAGGGAAGCCGUUGCCAACGGUCGAGAUAGCGCAACCAGACGACUUGUCGGCCAAGGAAUAUCAAUCCAUCUCCGAAAGCGGCGUCCUCGCAGAAUCUCUCUCUCGGUCUCGAUAUCGAUGGAUCAACGAUGGACUCUUCGAAAAGUUCUGGACGAAGCCUCAUAAGCGAAAGGGCGUCCUCAACGAAGACCCGAAGAAUCCUCCAAAGGACAGUAUGACGAAGGUUGGCCCCGUUACAAUCACCAUAGAGCCUCACAUUGUCGAGGCCACCAUGUUCAUCGUCAAAGAAUCCAAGCAACGUCCUCCCCCGCCUCGGACACCACAGCAGCCGCUCACCCGGCCGGUGCUUCAGUAUGGCCCUCCAAAUGGCUCCAUGCCUCCCCCGCCUGCGCCUGGAUCGUCGACCUCGACCUCAGUUCCUACGGCAGCCACCACACCAAAGCCCAUUGCUCCCCCGAGUCCUUCUCAGAGGCCGCCGUCGUCCUCGCCCAGCACUUUGGGACCUCAGCCCUCACCCUCGCCGCUUACGACCAUCAACGUAGCCACGUCACCGUCGCCUAGCCCGGCAGUCUCUACUCAGCCUGCUGCUCAACCCCCUGUGCCUCCACCUUCACUUCCAGCUGCUACUCCCCCACCUCCGAUUCGACAGCCCGCGAAUCCCCUUCCAGCGCAGCACCAGGCUCCUACAGGCACGCCAUUGGCAAGGCCCCCACCGCCGCCACCCCCGACAGCGACCACAACCACGACAGCUCACGCUCGGCCGGCAAAUGCUGGGCCAGCUCAGUCUCCAGCUGCAGCGAAACCUGCAACGCCGGUUGCAGGGCGCCCUCCUGCAGCAAAGCCUGUCCCUAACGAUCCCGUUAUCGCCCUGCUCGCCCAAAAGGCGUCAGGAGACCCUGAGCUACGUGAUCUUAUGAAGAGGGUCGCCGUGGGCCAGGCUAAACAGGGGGAGCUUGAUCGCUUCCAAAAGAUAAUUGAUCAGUUAAAUGCGGAGUAUCGGCGGAGCGGUGGGCAACAAGGCCCUUCGGCUGAUAGGCUGCUUGUGGAUGGAAGGACUGUCAAGUAUUUUGCUGAUGAAGUGCGAACUAUUCUCGACAUUGUCUUGGCAUCCAACCCUCGCCAAACAUCAAGCGAACUAAGACCGCCGCCCAGGAGUGAUCCUUUGGUCGUUUUGCUUGUGAAGGCUGCCUUGGAGGAUCAAAAAACGAGUGAUAUGAUUCGGCGCAUUGCCGAAGGCCGUGCCGGCUUUACAGAUUCAACAGACCUCAAGGAGAUUCUCGACCGGCUCCACAGAGAUGCAAAGCCUCCUCUGCAGACACCCCCUGCAUCUCUCCCCGCAAAACAGCUAUCCAAUGAUGCUCCCAACGGACACGUGCGAGCUUCGAAUCCUCCAACGCCCCAGCAGGCAAAUCCCCAGGCACUGAGGUCUAAGGGACCCCCGCCAGUUCCGAAGCCUGACAUUUCCGCGGUGGUGUUUGAUUUUGGAAACGGCGAUCGCUAUCUAUUUCCCAAAUUCAGCAUCCUGGAAUACCUGCCUACCCCGUCCGGCCAGGAGGUAGUUGCAUCGUUCCUCAUUGUCCGCAAAGGAAGCACGUCAGAGUAUGGCGGAGAUCCCAAGCUUGACUAUUACCAACCCGUCACGAUACGCAUUUCUACACACAUUGGGCGCUACCUUGAAAACCUGAUGCGCGUCGUGGCCCCUCAAGAUGAGGUACGGCGGUAUAUGGACGAUGUCAUGGACAAUAUGACACGCGCCGAGUACGUGCUGCUGGCAAUGCACUUGCCCAGAGUGCCCAGGGACGAAAAGACAAAUGGCGUGGCUGAUGAACCCAAGACCAAUGGAUCAACACCCAAGGUCGAGGCAGAGUCUGACCAUACUGUAGAGGUGAAACCGUCUGUUCUUUGGACCAAGACGGCCAAUACCACUAAACAGUUUGAUCUUCUCAAGCCGCACGACGCUGAGGAAGAGAAUGAAGCAAAAUAUAAGCGCCUCAUUCAAUCUGUAACGGCCAAGGAUUAUUAA